CAAAAGCAAAAAACGAUUAUCAAUUUCCAUCUAAACUUUCGUAUAAAAUUUUAAUUCAUCUCAUAAGAACAUUUUUUCCCCAUCGUUACACGUUAAUUUUCUUUCCUUUCUUCAAAUCAAAACAAUGAAGGAAACCCCAAAUCAAUCUCAAAUCCACCACCGGAAUCCACCGCCAACGCCAUUCGUGCAACCAACAACAACCAUCAACACCCAAUAUACAUCACCACGAUCAUCAAACGUUCAAAAUGGCAACCAAAUGAUGCCGAUGUUUUGGCCAAAUUCCGGUGGCAUUCCUCCGCCGUUUCCUUUUCCUACACCUCCCGCCGCCGGCCAAGAACCAAUAUAUUAUCCUAACCCACCAAAUAGUUGGGCAGUUGGUCUUUACGAUUGCUUUUCCGACUUCAAAAUAAGUGUCUUGGUACUUCUUUGUCCAUGUGUUGCAUUUGGGAAGAUUGCAGAAAUUGUUAACGAAGGAGAAACAAGUUGGACUGAACCUGGAUCACUUUAUUGCUUUUUAUAUGUGGUCCAAAUAGGGUUUAUGGAAAUUCUUGAUUAUAUAUGGCUUAUUCUAUUCAAACAUAAAUGUUUUGGCGCCAUGGGUUAUCAAGGAUGGAUUGUUGGUUUUAUUUUAGCUACAUUUUAUAAUGGUUUAUAUCGCACAAAAAUGAGAAGACAAUGGAAUCUAAAGGGAAGUUUGUCUAGCGACUAUUGUCUUCAUCUAUGGUGUCACCAAUGUGCACUAUGUCAACAAUAUCGUCAACUCGAACAACAAGGAUUUAUAGUUUUCCAAGGAUGGGAAAGAAAUAGGGAAAGGUAUAGGCAAGAAACUACAAUGUAUCGACAAGCACCUCCUAUGGUACAAGAGAUGUCAAGAUAAAGAAAACACAAGUGCAUGAAAAAGAGGAAAUGUUUAGGUACAAAACAAUGUACAUAUUGUAGCAUAUUUGAUUUACAAAGCAUUGUAAAGUUAUUGUUUUUGCUUUUGGCAUGAAGUUUAGUGUAUUUGAUAAAACUUGAAACGUAUAUGUAAAUAUUUACAUAGGUUUGAAUAGUCGGAGUGUCAUUUUUUCAAGAGUCAU